AUUGUUAACUUAACAACGUGUAACGUCAAUUGUGCUUCUUAUCAUCGCAGCAAGGUCCGCACUGCGUACUACGGCAAGAGGCGGCGGCGGCACAUAACCAGUUCGUCAUGGAUGGAGGGGUUGACGCGGACUUGCUGCUCGUGGUGUGCUGGGCGUCCGCUGCCUACAUGCCGGUGGCGUUGGGGUUGUAUAUCAAGCACCGCAAUCACCCGAGCAUCAAGUACCGCCAACCCCACCUCAUGGCGCUGGAGUGUGUGUUGUGCAUGCUUCAAUGCUGGGGCACUCCUGUGAUGGGGCUGUAUGGGGGGGCAUGGGCAUGUGUGGUGGGAAUUGCUCCAUCGCUGCUUCUCUUUCGAGUCACAGGGUUGGUGUACAUGCUGGCCCAGGGCUCGGUGGUGGCGAUGUUUGCGAUCACGGAACUGCUGGCCCUCCCCCAACAACGCUCCCCCACUGCCCUCAAGCGAAUGCAAGCGUAUCGGUGGCUGCUCUUUAGGCCCGUCCAAGCCCUCGUUGUCGUCAUGGGGGGGGUUUUGGCCAUCGGCAUCGGCCUCCUAAUCUUGCCCAAGCCGUUGUGGACGUUAACCUACGACACAUGCAGCGUUGAACCUGCUGUGGAGACGCUGUUUAUCACGACGGCGGUCGAGUGUGCAGUGCUGGGUGUCUCGUCCUUGUACUUGUCUCGACAUGUGAGUAAAGUAGUCGACAACUUUGGGUUGCGGCAAACGUACUGGCGCGCCGCCGUCGCCAUGCUUGUGGUGGCCAUGACGGGGGGUGCCGUCAUGGCAGCGACCAACAUGCAAGGUCGAGAUGCCGUAGCCUUUCGCGCUGUGCUGCACUCAGUCGCGGCGCACGUCGUCGUGGUGUGUCACAUCGUGCUGCCAGUGCGCCGCCGACUCGCCAACAACAAUUGGGUCACUCGAACCGUGGCGAUCCAGCCGUUGUCGUCGCUGCAUUCGAUGGCGGCGCCGCUCCAAUCCAUCAAACACUCUAUGCACCUCCUCCCCUCCCUAAAAGCCACCACCGCAAUCAAAACAGACCAUCAGCCAUCCCUCACGAAAAACGCAAGUUACACCAAGCUAUCCAGGGUCUCCCCCGCCAAGUUGUCGCAUUCGCCGUCGUAUGAUUCGUCGCGGCGCCUGCCACCGGCAAAGGACAUCCAUGCAUUGUUGGACGAUUUGACGCUUUUCCUUGCCACUCCUCUCGGCUUUGACGCGGUGUUGGCAUUUGCCCAGAAGGAAGCGCACACCCAGGAGCUGCUGGCGUGGGCGAUGGUUGAAAAGUACAAGCGCAACCUCGUGACCGCGCAAACAGUGUACAACCAGUGCUUGGAGCCGCAGAGUUUGCUGUGGUGCAAGGCGGCAACCGACAUCGGGCCAGCCGUCGCGCGUAUUUUGCGUGCCCCCGCGCCGCUCCUCCACGUGUACCCCCCGACCCCCGCCUCUUCGUCGUCAAUGCGCCACGUCAUGGACGACUUCUCCGCCAAGUUGGUCAAAACCAUCUACUUCAAGGUCCUCCCAGGGUUCCAACAGCACAGCCCGGCGUGGCAAGAGUUCCAAACCACGCUGAAAACCAUGGACUUGCUCGAAAGCGUCGACAAGAUGACACAGCAAACGUCGUCCACGGCCAACAACUUGUCCAAAGUGUCCAAGGCAGAGCAGCCCCUCCCAAACUUUAGAGGGAACGCCCUCCAACACCAUUCCGAGUGGUCCCAGUAUGGCAACUCGACGUCCGUUGCCCCGUGCAACAAACCCACCGAGUCGUUCCGAAAAUCUGAAAUCUCCCAAACCAUCACCCGAUGACAAUGCACAUACUCCCGGUGACCAUCAUGGAUGUCUUUGCUUUGGGAAUCGCAUCGUAAACAAGAAUGGGGUGGGUGUUAUUGUGGUGUGUUUAUUCUGACAUCGAGAAUGAAUCGACACAACCAAACAUACAGAAGAAUCGGCAGAAGGAUUUAGCCA